AUCUCUCGGGUCUCCAUUGUCUAACGUUCUCUAAACGUGUACUUGCGUUGACGACACCACAACAACCAACCACGCUGCUCUUCCCCUAUCAGACGACCUAUGCCACCGCCGGUCCAGUCGGGUGGUGCUUCUUCCUCUAACGAGUCUCGGCCCAUCUUUGCAUUUGCCGCUUCGUCCGCUCAACCCUCAACGGAGUCGCCGACUUAUGCGUCGAUACUCCGAAGGCAGUGGACGACGGAAGAUGUGGAUCGACAAGAGAGUCUAGAUGAAUUGAAUCCCAUCACUGCAGGCUCAAGCUCGAGCAUCCACGCUCCUCCUUGGCGGGCUAGCGAAGGGGACGCUGAGGCGUCUGGAUCUAGAAUAUCCAUGUCGGAUUUAUUGGCUGGGAGAUCGAGAGACAGUUGGGCAGGAGCGAUAGACGCGGCUAGACGUCAAGGGUAUCCGAACCGAGCACCGAGGAUGAUGCGAACCGUCUUUGGUGGGAGGUCAAUGGAGUCCGACAGCGAUGAAGAGGAUCAAGCGGAGGAACCUCAAAACCGAUCACGGCUGUACAGACAAGGGCAGAAUAGGACAAGUGAUGAUCUCAGGGUACUCGGAGGCAGCGGAGGUGCUUUGACAUUGAGCCGAGGGUCUAACAAUCGACGCAGGCGGAGCUUGAUAGAUCGAUUGGCAGCUCAAAUAGGGGACGAGCUCAGACGGCCAAGGGUGGAGGGUAUCUACGCAUCACACGGCAUGAAACCUACGAAUGAGGAUCUUCAGAAUCAGCAUACGCCUCUAGUCGUCCAGAGUCAGGGCAAGAAGCGAUCGUUGGAGGAGAAUGAAAGCCGGUCCAAGAGGCGGAAGCUUGAUACCAAACCGGAUCCUGUGCUCUCGCCUUCUCGCCCAAGCUAUCUGGAGUACACCACGCUAGACCCAUCAACGCCCAUCCCGUUGGAGUUUGAACCGCCAACGUCUACUUCGAAUGUCGGUCUGGAGCAGCGUGUCAGACAUGCUUCGCUCGGACCUCAAAGCCACAUCACUUUCACCUACCUCUCGCCCUCACGAGAGACCAAUUCCGAUCAAAAUGCCUCGGCCUUGCGGACCACUAAGCCGAUACCUCUGGCCUGUGGCAUUCACUACUACGAAGUCGAAGUGGUCGAUGCAGGUGAAGAGGGGCAUAUGAGUGUUGGUUGGAUGCGCGAGAAGACAAAGCUUAGCCGUUUGGUUGGGUGGGAGCCAGGAAGCUGGGGAUGGCAUGGAGAUGACGGCAAGACGUUUGAGGGUAAAGGUCAGGGUCAGGACUUUGGCGAGAAAUGGGGAGCUGGGGACAUUGUAGGCUGUGGAAUUGAUUACACUCAAAAGAGAGCAUUCUUCACCAAGAACGGGAGACUCUUAGCCUAUCGAUUCAAGAACCUUGGACCAGGUCUCUUCCCUGCAGUCGGUCUCAAGACCUUCCGAGAGACUGUUGCUGUCAAUUUCACCGGACCUUUCAAGUACGACAUUGACACACAUGUCAAAGGCGUCCGAGAUCGAAUAUGGUUUGAAGCGCAUCAUGCUUCUGUCCGUCAAGUCCCAAGACUGGUCGAUCAAGUCACACCACCGAAUGGGAAUGCACCAGUCAGCACACUUGAACCUAUCGAUAAGACUUCGGCAGCUCUGGUGCUGGAUUAUCUGGCUCAUGCGGGAUUGACAGCGACUCUGGCAGCCACGGAGAAGGAAAUGGCUCGGCGAAAAUGGAUCCCUCGGACCACGGUCUCUGGUAAUGCGACCAAGGAGCCCGAACUUGAUUCUGAUCCUACCAUCGAGUCUUUUGCCUCCAUUUCCAAAGCUAUCGAUUGGCUACAACUACGCUUGACAUCUCGGGACGACUUGCGACUGCCGUGGUCUUUCUUAGACCAACUGUACAUCAACAUGCCGAGUCGGAUCGAACGAAGACUACGGAUCUACGAUCUUGAACUGCUCUGCUUCUUAUCAUUGGCUCAACCCAUCGAGAACCCUUCAACUGAUGUCGAUCCAAUUGAAGAAGGCAGAGCGCUAAUGCAAAGGUGUAUGGACGAGCACUGGGAGGAGGACCUCGAGCAAUCUCUUCGAUCGACGUUUACCAUUUUAAGUGGCAGGCUCAAAUCAGUGAAUGAGGUGCGGAAACAGCCAUUGGUGGCAGACUUGAUAGCCGGAAUCAGAGAUUCCCGAGGAAUCGCACCUCGAAGUCAUUUGGAGCAGGCAAUCGUUCAGACCAGCUUGGUGGGCCGGACACUGGCGAUGGAUGAUCCUGCUGGAGCAUUUGUCAAUGUCAAAAGACUGUUGCAGGGCGAAUCUAAUACCGUUUCUGUGAAGGUUGAGCCAGAGUGAAUUGGCUGUAUCUUGAAACUUGUAUGUGAGUAACAAACAGAUGUAGAUAUGAUGGGUGCAUGUUGAGGAUACAUGACGUAUCUGUCAGACUGAGAAAUCGAAGGUUCAUGCAGUAUGUAUGCACAAUGAAUGCAUGGAUGUACAUGU